AUGGCGGAACCGCCGAGCCUAAUGCAAGGCGCCCCCGCUGCCGUCUCGGAGAAAGAAUCGUUUGGCAAACUGCAAGCCCCAUCCCGGGACCCGCCGGGUCCUCUGUCCGCCAAGAAGAUCCGCACUGAGGAGAAGAAGGCGCCGCGUAGACUGAACGGAGAAGGAGCCAGCAGCGGCAACAGCAGGCAGCUGCAGUCUCCCGCCGCACCUUCGUCUCAGAGCUAUGGCAGCCCUGGGUCUUGGAGCUUUGCCGCUCUGUCCGCUGCCCCCUCCCCGUCGUCUGCUCGGAGCAAUUUCUCUUUCUCCGCUGGCACGGCCGUCCCCUCCUCUGUUUCUGCUUCCUCCCCUCAGCCGGUGCCGCGCAAACUGCUGGUGCCUCCUACGCUGCUGCACGCUCAGCCUCACCAUCUCCUGCUGCCCGCCGCCGCCGCCACGGCCAGCGCCAAGCCGCGCAGACCCAAGGAGAAGCGAGAGAAGGAAAGAAGGAGGCACGGUCUCGGCGGGGCGGGCGAAGCUGGCGGGGCCUCCCGCGAGGAGAACGGGGAGAUGAAGCCGCUGCCGCGAGAUAAAAUCAAAGACAAAAUUAAAGAGAGAGAUAAAGAAAAGGAGAGAGAAAAAAAGAAGCAUAAAGUAAUGAAUGAGAUCAAGAAAGAAAAUGGAGAAGUAAAGAUUUUGCUGAAAAGUGGGAAGGAGAAACCAAAAACAAGUGUAGAAGACUUACAAAUUAAGAAGGUAAAGAAGAAAAAGAAAAAGAAACAUAAAGAGAAUGAAAAACGGAAGCGUCCAAAAAUGUAUAGCAAAUCUAUUCAAACUAUCUGCUCAGGAUUGCUAUCUGAUGUUGAAGAUCAAGAAGCCAAAGGUAUCCUAAAUGAAAACAUAAAGGAUUACAGUGGAAAGAGUUUGGAUACCAAGAAUUAUGAUUCCAAAAUUCCAGAGAACAGUGAGUUUCCAUUUGUCUCAUUAAAGGAGCCACGGGUUCAGAACAACCUCAGAAGGCUGGACACUUUGCGGUUCAAACAGCUCAUUCAUAUUGAGCACCAGCCUAAUGGAGGUGCAUCAGUUAUCCAUGCCUACAGCAAUGAACUCUCCCAUCUGUCUCCUGUGGAGAUGGAGAGGUUUGCAGAAGAGUUUGUGGAUCUGGUGUUCAGUGAAAAUGAGAACUCUGCAGCUUUCUAUGUAAUGGGUAUUGUUCAUGGGGCAGCUACUUAUUUACCUGAUUUUUUAGACUACUUUUCAUUUAAUUUUCCCAAUUCACCAGUGAAAAUGGAGAUAUUGGGAAAGAAGGAUAUAGAGACAACGACUAUGUCCAAUUUUCAUGCUCAGGUAAAAAGAACAUAUUCUCACGGUACUUAUAGAGCUGGCCCAAUGAGACAAAUCAGCUUGGUGGGAGCAGUUGAUGAAGAAGUGGGAGAUUACUUCCCUGAGUUCCUUGACAUGUUGGAAGAUUCACCAUUUUUAAAAUGUACACUGCCCUGGGGGACACUAUCUAGUUUAAAAUUAGAGAGUCGGAAAGAUAGUGAUGAUGGUCCCAUCAUGUGGGUGCGCCCAGGAGAACAGAUGAUCCCUGUGGCUGACAUGCCAAAGUCACCUUUCAAAAGGAAAAGAACUACCAAUGAAAUAAAAAACCUGCAGUACCUACCUCGAACUAGCGAGCCCCGUGAAAUGCUCUUUGAAGACAGAACAAGAGCUCAUGCGGAUCACAUAGGACAAGGGUUUGAGCGACAGACUACCGCUGCCGUUGGAGUGUUGAAGGCUGUGCACUGUGGAGAGUGGCCUGAUCAACCCCGAAUAACCAAAGAUGUAAUUUGUUUUCAUGCUGAAGAUUUCUUAGAAGUAGUUCAACGAAUGCAGUUAGAUUUACAUGAACCUCCACUGUCCCAGUGUGUCCAGUGGGUUGAUGAUGCAAAACUUAAUCAGCUGAGGAGGGAAGGCAUUCGCUAUGCCAGGAUUCAGCUGUAUGAUAAUGACAUUUAUUUUAUUCCAAGGAAUGUUGUUCAUCAGUUCAAGACAGUUUCAGCUGUAUGCAGUUUAGCAUGGCAUGUUCGGCUCAAGUUGUAUCAUUCAGAGGAGGACACUGCUCAGAAUACAGCUACUCAUGAAACAGGGACAUCACCAGAUUCCACAUCAUCAGUUCUGGGACCUCACACUGACAGCACGAUUUGUGCUGUAAGCAAAACCUCCUUGGAUUCUAUUUUUUCAGACAAACUUCAUUCUAAAUAUGAAUUACAGCAGAUUAAACAUGAACCUGUUGCAUCUGUAAGAAUCAAGGAAGAACCUGUGAAUGUUUAUAUUCCUGAAAAGACUGGAACACCGAAUAAUAUGGAUAGCAAGAAUGUUAAAGCAAAAUUGGAUCAUGUUCAGUUUACAGAAUUUAAGAUUGAAGUGGACUCUAAAUUUGAAAAUAGCAACAAAGAUUUAAAGGAAGAAUUGUGUCCUGGAAGUCUCAUAAGUCUAGUUGAUACAAGGCAACAUAGUUCAACACAUUCAAAUCAAGAGAGAAAAGAUGAUGACAUUUUGUGUUAA